AUGGCUAGAGCCUUCCGUAUAGACGCUACAGCUCACACUCCCCCUCUCUCCCGCCCCGACGGUACGGUUGCCUUCGAGGACGACGAAAAGGCUGAGUGCUUUGCAGACAGCAUUGCCGCACAAUGCUCUCCUAGCUCUCAACCUGUCAACCCCUCACACAUUCAGGAAGUGGAAGAUGAGGUCCGCCGCCGGAACUCACCCCCCACAUCCUCUGACCCUAUCACUGUGUCCAAUGAUGAGAUCUCAUCCAUCAUUAAAGGACUUAAGCCCAAAAAGUCUCCGGGCGCGGAUGGCAUAUCCAACCAAGCCCUUAAAAACUUUCCAGAGCAGCCGACGUAUCCACGGACGGAAUCUUUUCAAAUAACUAUUCGGUAUUUCAAUGAUAAUUUGAGUUCUUGA